ACCAAAUGGGCCAUGUUCAACGUGACGAUUUGCUGAGCCGCUGAAUCAAUGUCGGCGAUGCCAAACUACGUGGAGCAGGCAUGGAGGCUCAGUGAGAAAGAGCUGGAUGAUGUGGAGGUGGUGGUGGACCUGCGCGACUGUUUGACCGAUGCUGAUUUGGCGCGAGCAAGCACCGCCUCCUCCGGUGGACGGGCUCCCGAUUUUCUGAGGGACGACCGAAGGGACCGAACGCCCAGUUCAGCGAGUCAUCUCAGCGAUGACAUCGACAUUGAUAGUGUUUUGAGGGCCUUGGCCUCUGAGGUCACAGAGGCCGAAGACAUCUUCCCCAGCUUGCUGUUGCCGUUGGAGCGGACGACCGCUGCUGCUGAGGACGAUGAGUUGGUCUUCAACAGCAACUGGUUGGGUGGCUUGAGUAGAAGGAGUUCUGCCAUUAGCGUACACUCGGAUGAGAUGUCAGUGGCAUUCCCAUGUUCUCCUGCUGAGACGACGUCAGGGCCGAGAGAAGCCAGUGAAGCCAGUCAGAGUCCUUCACAGGCUGAGGCAGACUUUGAAUUGCAGGAGGAGAUUCUCCACUCGGUGGAGCAUGACGAGCAGCUCACCGCCGCGUUGGAGCCCGACUCCAGCAGCGAUGGAGGUGUGCCGGCGCCGGCUGAGGUGGCAGAGGAUAUGAUUUCUGUAGUGGACAUCGGAGAUGAGUUGCUACCCAGCCAGGCCGAUGCGGAGUCCUUCCACGCGUUUCCAUAUAUGAUGAGUCCCAGGCCGCUGGAAAGCACUGUGGCGUCCCUGCUGCGAAGGCUGUCCUUGGAACAUCAAGUCGACGAGUCCGUGGCCAGUAGCAUUCGGGGAGUUCUGGAGGUUUCAGAGCUACUCGCGGCUGAGAUGGCUGCGAGCCAUUUAACCCAGGAGGAGAUCGAGGCUUUACCGUCGUUUCCCUACGCACCCUGCAAAGAGCAGCAGCACUGCGCCAUUUGUUUGGACGCCUUCGAGGAAAGGGAAGUGGUGACGAUGCUGCGCUGCCAUCAUUUCUUCCACAUGGAGUGUCUCGCCAGCUGGAUGCAUCGAGCCACGAAAUGCCCCCUGUGCCGAGCGUACUGCAUCGAGUGAGCGUGGAAGCAUCGAAGUCUGGCAAAUUGUAAGGUAAAUAGCCCUUCGACCUUUCCGAUUUUAGCAAGAAUGAUG